CCUCGAUACCCUCCUGUGGAUAUAACUCGUUUCUUCUUCCCACAAAAGAAGUUCGCCUCGUGCCUCGAGAGUUGUUGCGAUAAGAUGGCGGAAGCGGUAGCCGUAGUUGGCAUCGUCGCCAACAUAAUCCAGCUCGUUGGGUUCGGCUCCAAGGUUCUGAAACGUCUUGAAGAAUAUCAGUCCAGGUUAGGAGAGAUCCCAGAAGCGUUCCGCCACAUUAAAACCGAGCUCCCUGUACUGCUAGAUGCCCUCCAGGAGACGAAAGCAUCGAUUGAAGCUGGAUCUAUGCAAGAUAAAUCCCGAAUAGCGCUCCUGCCUGCUAUUAAAGGGUGUGCAGAACAAAUAAAGGCACUAGAUGAUUUAACUAAAAAAGCACUACCUGCAUUAGGUGACUCCUGGGCUAGAAGAAGUAGGAAGGCACUUGGGAGCCUUCGGUAUGACGCAAAGGUAGAGAAGAUAACCGCGGUAGUCCGGGGGUAUAUCCAGACCCUAACAUACCACGCUGCCACCUCGCUAAGACCCUUAGCAGACCGAACCCUGGCCCGACCAGCCCCGUCCUCCACCGUUCCCUUCAGGCGAGAUCCACACUUUGUAGACCGCCACAUCCUUUCUGAAAUACAUUCUAAGAGUCAACAGUCUGCGUUUAGAACAGCACUUGUUGGCCUUGGUGGCGUGGGGAAGUCGCAGCUUGCUAUUGAAUACUCUUACCAGGUACGAGAAAAGUCGCCAGCUACCUGGGUCUUCUGGGUGCAUGCAAGUACCAGAGCAAGGUUCGAGGAAGGCUACCAGAAGAUUGCCGAACGAGCUAGGCUUCCUAGCUGGGAUCACCCAGAUGGGGACAUUCUAAAGCUUGUCCACAGCUGGCUGUGCGAUGAGGCAAAUGGUCGCUGGGUGAUGAUCAUCGACAAUGCAGAUGAUCUAGGAGUCUUUCCCCGUUCGUCACAGAGAAGUAAAAGUAAUAAAGAUGAUAGCAAAAAUGCAACGGCCUCUUUGCUAGAGUUUCUGCCUCAGUCAACAAAUGGGUCUAUCCUUAUCACCUCCCGGAGCCGGGAGGUCGCUUUCCGACUGACGGGAAGCUACGCAGACAUCAUCAGAGUUCAACCAAUGGACCAAGCACAUGCUCUGGCCUUGCUCCGAAACAAGCUUGAGGAGAGGUUUGAACAGGACGAUGCGGCUGCGCUUGUUGAAGCGCUUGACUACAUGCCCCUCGCUAUCACUCAGGCCGCCGCUUACAUUAGCCGGAGAGCACCGCGUGCUACGAUGUCAAGAUAUUUGCAGGAUCUCCGCAAAGGCGACCAAGAGAGAGGGAAACUUCUGGAAAUGGAUAUUGACGACUCCCGUAGGGACGGAGCGGCGUCAAACUCUAUUAUUGCUACCUGGCAGAUAUCUUUCGAGCAUAUCCGUACAGCAAAGCCUUCGGCAGCACGGCUGCUGUCACUCAUGAGCCUUUUUGAUCGGCAGGGGAUUCCAGAGUCCCUGGUUAGUGGUCGCUAUCAAGAGGACAACAAUGCCAGCCCUGACUUUGAGGACGACUUGAACACGUUGACGAGUUUCUCUUUAGUUGCAACAGACGUAGACGGGCACCAGUUUGAGAUGCACCGGCUUGUGCAGUUCUCAACAAGAAAAUGGCUGGAGCUACAAGGCGGAAUGGAGGGCUGGAGGGAAAAGUACGUCAAGCUUAUGGAUGAUAGUUACCCGGUAGGACGGUACGAGAACUGGAAAGUAUGCCAAGCGCUGUUCCCGCACGCCCAAGCAACAGUAGCGUGUCGGCCAGCUAGCAAUGGCGCUCUAGAGACAUGGGCAUCGGUUCUUUUCAAAGCUGCAUGGUAUGCAGAUGAUAUGGGAAACUAUGACGUAGCGCAGGAGAUGGGUCGAAGUGCUUUAGAGGCAAGGGAGACUGCUUUAGGAGCAAAUCACCUAGACACGCUCAGCAGUGUCAGCAACCUUGGAUUGGUGUUGGAGAAGCAGGGCAAGUACGAAGAGGCCGAGGCAAUGCACCGGCGGGCGCUGGAAGGAUAUGAGAAGGAGCUCGGGCGAGACCAUUCACACACGCUCACCAGCGUCAGCAAUCUUGGGUUGGUGCUGGAGAGCCAGGGUAAGUACGGAGAGGCCGAGGCAAUGCACCGGCGAGACCUAGAAGGAUCUGAGAAGGUGCUUGGGCGAGACCACCCAGACACUCUCACCAGCGCCAGCAACCUUGGGUUGGUGUUGGAGAGACAGGGUAAGUACAAAGAGGCCGAAGCAAUGCACCGGCGAGACCUAGAAGGAUCUAAGAAGGUGCUUGGGCGAGAUCACCCAGACACCCUCACCAGCAUUAGCAACCUUGGAUUGGUGUUGGAGAAGCAGGGCAAGUACGAAGAGGCCGAAGCAAUGCACCGACGGGCGCUGGAAGCAAGGGAGAAGGUACUUGGGCGAGACCACCCAGGCACUCUCAUCAGCAUCAGCAACCUUGGGUUGGUGUUAGAGGGGCAGGGCAAGUACGAAGAAGCCAAAGCAAUGCACCGGCGAGACCUAGAAGGAUCUGAGAAGGUGCUUGGGCGAGACCACCCAGACACUCUCACCAGCGUCAGCAACCUUGGGUUGGUGUUGGAGAGGCAGGGCAAGUACGAAGAGGCCGAAGCAAUGCACCGACAGGCGCUGGAAGCACGAGAGAAGGUGCUUAGGCGAGACCACCCAGACACUCUAACUAGCGUCAGCAACCUUGGGUUGGUGUUGGAGAGGCGGGGCAAGUACGAAGAAGCCAAAGCAAUGCACCGGCGAGACCUAGAAGGGUCUGAGAAGGUGCUUGGGCGAGAUCACCCAGACACUCUCACUAGCAUCAGCAACCUUGGGUUGGUGUUGGAGAGGCAGGGCAAGUACGAAGAGGCCGAAGCAAUGCACCGACAGGCACUAGAAGCACGAGAGAAGGUACUUGGUCGAGACCACCCAGACACCCUCACCAGCGUCAGCAACCUUGGGUUGGUGUUAGAGAGGCAGGGCAAGUACGAAAAUGCCAAAGCACUGCACCAGCGGGCGCUAGAAGCAAGAGAAAAGGUACUUGGGCAAGACCACCCAGACACUCUCACUAGCGUCAGCAACCUUGGGUUGGUGUUGGAGAGGCAGGGCAAGUACGAAGAGGCCGAAGCAAUGCACCGACAGGCGCUGGAAGCACGAGAGAAGGUGCUUGGUCGAGACCACCCAGACACUCUCACCAGCGUCAGCAACCUUGGGUUGGUGUUGGAGGGGCUGAGAAAGUAUGAAGAGGCCGAAGUAAUGCACCGGCGGGCGCUGAAAGCAAGAGAGAAGGUACUUGGGCGAGACCAUCCAAACACGCUCAUCAGCAUUGGUAACCUUGCAUUGACGCUCGACAGUCAAGGAAUAUUUGUGGAAUCAGAGAGACUAGGGGCAGAAGCACUGAGUAUGAAGGAGGUAGUUUUUGGCAUCGACCAUCCAGAAACACUGGUUAGCAUGCACAACCUAGCGUGGACAUGGAGGUCUCAAUGCCGUUACGAUGAAGCUAUCAAGUUAAUGGCUAAUUGUGCCAACUUACAGCGGAGAAAACUUGGCAGAAAUCAUCCGUCUACACUACAGUCUCUUGGUACUUUGGAAGCGUGGCAAAAUUGA